AUGAAACGAUGCGAUUUGGAGCCAAAUCACUCACAUUUUUUGUUAUUUGACGGUGAAGCGUCCAGUGCUCAUAGUGUUCUGUUCCAACGAGCCGAAAUUGAAAAGCAUUCACGGCGAAUUAAUGCAACAAUGGGUGCAUUCACGCCAAUUGUCAUGGUUCUUGUUGAAGGUGGAGCAUUGUCGAUUCGAACUAUUUGUCAAGCACUAGAAUCGAAUACUCCAUUGGUCGUUGUUAAAGUGAGUACAUGA